GCCUCAGGCCUCCUGCAGAGAUGCUGGGUCCCCAAGUCUGGUCCUCUGUGAGGCAGGGACUAAGCAGGAGCUUGUUCAGGAAUGUGAGGGGCUGGGCCUCAGGGGAGGGGAAGAAGGUGGACAUUGCGGGCAUCUACCCCCCUGUGACCACCCCUUUCACUGCCACUGCAGAGGUGGACUAUGGGAAACUGGAGGAGAAUCUACACAAACUGGGCACCUUCCCCUUCCGAGGCUUCGUGGUCCAGGGCUCCAAUGGCGAGUUUCCCUUCCUGACCAGCAGCGAGCGCCUCGAGGUGGUCAGCCGUGUGCGCCAGGCCAUGCCCAAGAACAAGCUCCUGCUAGCUGGCUCCGGAUGCGAGUCCACUCAAGCCACAGUGGAGAUGACCGUCAGCAUGGCCCAGGUCGGGGCUGACGUGGCCAUGGUGGUGACCCCUUGCUACUAUCGUGGCCGCAUGAGCAGCGCGGCCCUCAUUCACCACUACACCAAGGUUGCUGAUCUCUCUCCAAUCCCUGUGGUGCUGUACAGUGUCCCAGCCAACACGGGGCUGGACCUGCCUGUGGAUGCAGUGGUCACGCUUUCCCAGCACCCGAAUAUUGUGGGCAUGAAGGACAGCGGUGGUGAUGUGACCAGGAUUGGGCUGAUUGUUCACAAAACCAGGAAGCAGGAUUUCCAGGUGUUGGCUGGAUCGGCUGGCUUCCUGAUGGCCAGCUAUGCCUUGGGAGCUGUGGGGGGCGUGUGCGCCCUGGCCAAUGUCCUGGGGGCUCAGGUGUGCCAGCUGGAGCGACUGUGCCUCACAGGGCAGUGGGAAGAUGCCCAGAAACUGCAGCACCGCCUCAUCGAGCCAAACACUGCGGUAACGCGGCGCUUCGGGAUCCCAGGGCUGAAGAAAAUGAUGGACUGGUUUGGCUACUACGGAGGCCCCUGCCGCGCCCCCUUGCAGGAGCUGAGCCCCGCUGAGGAGGAGGCACUGCGCAUGGAUUUCACCAGCAACGGCUGGCUCUGAGGGCCGGCAGCGUCCAUGGCUGGCCUGAGCCCAUCUCAGCCUCCUGCCUUGCACUUGCAGCCUGAAGCAGAGAGCGCAGGGGGAUGAGGGCGGCGGGCGCGGGAAGCCGGUAGAGGCUCCUUUGCCUACUUUAGUCCUCCAGGCAGCCUUUCACAGGCAUGCCCACGCACAUCUCCUAUUCUCAUGGCCCCUGACCUCUCCCUUUUGUAUCCUAAACUGUCUCUCUGGCCUGAAGACUGGUAAGGAGCAAUUUCUCAAUU